AUAUUAAUAUGUUAAGCAGCAAAACCUCAAGCAAAACAUCCAAAUCUGGCUGUAUCUACAAUCAGAAAGUGUCCAUUGGAAUGUUCUCUAAACAGAGCUCCAUCAUUUCUUAACUGCUUUCAACAAAAGCAAAAUAGAAAUUUCAACAACACAAGAUAUCUAAAACAACCUGUGAAUUCCAAACAUUUAGAGCAGAAACUCCAAACUCUCCUAAUAAAGCAACUCCAUUUAAAACCAAAUAUCAUUUUAAUACUCUCUCCUAAUUGUCUAAAUUAGAAAGCAACAAUGUUUCUCAAAAUAUUCAGUAAGCCAAAUAAAAGAAUCCAGACACUAGUGAUGAUCUUGGAGAUGUGAGUAUUACAUUGAGAAGUCCUAGAGAUGAUUAAAUCAACAAAAUUCUCAAAAAUCUAAGAUUCAUUGGAGAACAAAUGACCCAUAAAAAAUUAACAUAAAUAAACUCUGGCCUUCUCCAACAAUGGCAAAAUCAACUGAACGAUAAUUGCGAUAACCUAAUCAAAAUCUUAUCCUCAGAACUAAACUCCUCCUCUAAUUAUUAUCACCCUUCCAUCCAUGUUGAUGCCUAAUUGCAGAAAUAGUUGGCCGAAGAGAAAAAAAAUAGACUCUUAGUAGAAGAACAAACUAGUAAAAUAAUUUAAAGUCAAGAGCAAUAAAUUAAAUAAUAUGUAUUUAUAUCAAUAAAUUAUUUAUAGAUCGAGACAAUCAAAUUACUUGAAUAGAAGUUGUUGAAUUCGAUGUGAUAGGCCCC